AUGUGUCAAGGAUGUGUGGAAAUUGCGGGGGAGAACAUUCUAGUUUACAAAAGGCAUGUCCAGCCUUUGGAAAGAUUUAUCAUAACUGUUGAAAGGAAAACCACUUUGCUCGAGCCUGUCGAUCUAAAUCAGGACCAGUGUAUUAAUAAACAAGCAUUUCAAGUUGAUGAAAUCGUAGAUGACAUGGACGAUUUUUUCAUAGAAACUGUGAAAAAUCCUAGCGGCGAUGACAACUGGAGCAAAAAUAUUAUAAUCAAGGUUACACUUGACACUGGCACUCAAUGCAAUGUUAUGUCACACGAUGUUUACAAUACUAUUGUCCAAAAUAACAUUGCUCAAGACAACAACUCUCUUAUUGUCGCAUCGAAUGCUAGAUUGGUAAUUUUCCAAUUGGAAAAGCAAGAUUCCAAUGUCAACACAAGAAUGUGA